UCCUCUACGGAAACGCCCUGAGGACGAACUGGCAUUGCACCACAAAUUCUGGCGUUGAAGGGUGAAACUCUCUUUCUCCACCGUUUGCCAUGGCGGUAUCAGUGUCUCCGUAGCAUUUUCUCGCAACUGACGAAAGUUCUCGUGCAACUCGUUCCCAUCUUCGACGCCUCUCCGGUUCCUUCCCGAGCGAUUGAUAAGUAGGACGAUGGCGGUCAUCGAGGAGCAUCACGACGAACCCGACAGAGUCGAACCUCAACACGAGCCUGAAUCAGCCGUGAAUGAGCCUGAACUAGUCACAGCUGAGCCUGAGACAGUCGCGAAAGAGCCUGAGACAGUCGCGAACGAGCCUGAGUCAGUCGCGAACGAGCCUGAGUCAGUCGCGAACGAGCCUGAGAUAGUUGCAUCUGCUUUUUCGUCUGGUCCCUCCCUCGCGGCUGCUGCUGGCAGAGGCGGCGAAGAAGCGGGGGUAGGGGAAGAGCAGCCGCCUGUGGUGGUGGGGCGCGACGACGGGGAGGAUGUGGGGGAGGGCGUGCGGAAGGUGGUGAUCAAGCAAGGGAACAAGGAGAAGGGCACGCCUGACGUGGGUUGCACAGUUUUCGUGCACUACCGUGCGUGGCUGGCAAACCCUGAACCUAAUGAGAAGAAAGGCGAUGGGGAGACGGACGAGGAGGGCGGGAAGAAGGAUGGGGAGGGGAAAGAGCAGGGGAGGCAGAAGGAGAAGCGGAAGCAUGCCAAGGUGUAUGACACGUGGGAUGAAGGCCAGAUGACUGAGCUGAUUGUGGGACAUGAGAAGGCAGAGCUGCGAGGGUUGUCACUGGGAGUGCGGUCAAUGCACCCAGGAGAGCGGUGUGUGCUGCGGGUGCCCUCAGCCCUGGCCUAUGGCAGCCAGGGCUGCUUCUCCUUCCCCCACGUGCCCCCCAACUUGGACCUCCUGUACGAAGCAAAGCUCGUGGGCUUCGAGAAGCCGCCGGGUGGUGCAGAUGGGUCGAGGGCACGGGAUCGCUCGCAGAUGACAGCGGACGAGAGGAUAGAGGCGGCUGACAGGCACAGGCAGGCAGGCAACGAGGCGUUUCGAGGGGACAACAUGGAGGAGGCUCUGCGAGAAUACGAGAUGGCCUUGGGCUACAUGGGAGAUGAGUUCAUGAUGCAGAUGUUUGGCAAGUACAGGGACAUGGCCAAUGCUGUCCGCCUCCCGACUCUGCUCAACUCAGCUGCUGCUCACCUCAAGCUGAACAAUUACAACGAGACAAUCGGCCUCUGCACAAUGGUGCUUUCUGAGGAGCCAGACAACCCCAAGGCACUCUUCCGCCGAGGCAAGGCAAGGCACGCCCUUGGACAGAUCGAAUCUUCAAUGGCCGAUAUCAAAUCUGCUGCCAAAUGGGCCCCUGGAGAUGCUGCUAUUGCUCGUGAGCUGGCUGCUCUGAAAAGAGCCGAGCGGGAGGCUCUGGAAAAACAGAAAGAGAUGUUCAAGGGCAUUUUCAAGCCACAAUCAGCAGCGCCUGUUGCAAAUACAAGGAUGCAGUGGUUGAGUGCAAUUUGGAGGUGUGUUUGUGCUGUGUUGAGUUGGCUGUGGCCAUUUGGGAAGAGGAAGGUUGACUAAGCUGGUUAUGGAAACGGUCAUGUUAUACUCCCUUAUGUGCACUUGAUAAACACUCAAUUUGGGCAUACGGUACUUUCUUACUACCGGUAUAAUGCCUACAAUAGUCAUUUUUCAAGGGAUCUUGAGCGUAUCCUAAAUAUUGAUGUUGAAACCAUU